AUGGAUGGAGAUGAUGCGACUCCUGUUCCGCAGGUGGCAAGCAGUAGCCCACAGAGCACACCUCUACCUCUGCUUCCUGCACGAAAUGGGAGUGGAGGGUUUGUUAGGGAUGAAAAUAUGAUGACUCUGAGGGAGCAAGAAAAUGUUAUCAACAAACUUGACAAAGAAAAUUUCAACUUGAAGCUGAAAAUCCAUUUCCUCGAAGACAAGCUACACAAAUCCGGACCAGAUUUGAACCGAACCGCUCUACAAGAGAAUAUAGAGCUCAAGGUCAGCGGGAAGUCAAUGGAGCGGGAGCUGGCUCGCUGCAAAAAGAGUUUAAUGCGGGCUGAGCGAAAGGCAGAAGCAUGUCAAAGUGAACUCGAAGAAUUCCAAGAACGAUGGAAGCGAAAGCAAGCAGAUGGCACGCUACAGAAGGAAUUGAGUUGGCUGAAGGAGGAGGCCGAGUCAAAAGAUAUAGAAAUCGACGAGUUACGAGAAGAGCUAAAAGCCGCUCAAAACAAAGAUUCGGAUGAAUUGCAGGAGCUGCGUGACCAAAUUAGCGACUUGGAAUACACCGUUAGAGAAAAGGACCGACUCCUAGAUGAGAAGGAGAGCGAGAUUGAGGAGCUCAAAGAUAAAGAUUCACAUGAACAGAGUUCACUUGCCGAAUUGGAAGGCCAACUUGAGCGGGCCAGGAAUCAAAUAGAUGAACUGAAAGACAGCAUCGAAAAGCUAAAAAACGAGACACAAUACUCGGAAGCCGCCUGCCAAAAAGCCACUGAAGAAAAGGACCGGGCACUUGAAGACUUAAAAGAGCUACAGGACGAGAUGGCUAACAAGUCAUUUUAUACGAAGGGAUUAAGUCGUCAACUGGAAGAGAAAGCAAGUGCCCUCGAAAAUGAUUUAAGCACCUUACAACGACAAUUCAAUGCCUCUCAAGAAGAGCUGGAAAACAAAAGAAAGGUCGAACGCCAGUUUGAACAGCAUGUACACGAACUCCAACAGGAUCUUAUUUUGGAAAAGGCUAGGCUUGAAGAUAGAAUCGAAUUGGCCGAGCAUGAACGUGACAGAGCGAAAAGGGAACGCGAUUCGCUUUCAUCCCGGCUACAAGAGGCGGAAGAUGAACUUCGAGCAAGGGGAGAUGCCAAAGGCCUACUACAAACUCGGCACGACGCUUUAACCGACGAGUCUCAAGCGCUACAAAGGGACCUAGAAAGAGCGCAAAAUACUAUUGCCGAUUUGGAACGCCAGAUUGCGGAUGAGAAGCAGAGAUCCUUCGAGAGUAUCGAAGAUGUCAGGUUACUUCACAAAGACAAGAUUGAUCAGUUGCAUGAUGACAUUGAAUCUCUUCAGCGAAGGCUUGAAGAUAACGAAGCUCAAUAUAAUGUUGAUCGGGAUAAAUGGGAUGGCAUCAAGCGUACAUUGGAAUUGCAAAAACAUCAAGCAGAACAACAAGCUAGCGGAUACAAGCGGACCAUCGACAGGCUCCAUCACACGGAAACUUCUCUGUCAGACAAAGAAAAGAAGUUGCAGGAUGCCAUGGACAGUGAGAAAAAACAGUACCUGCAGGAAAAGGAUCUAUUAAGUCGCCAAAUCAAAGAGCUUCACGAUGACGUCGCCUCUCGACGACAAUUGACUGAGAGACAAAGGCUCGAAUUACUUUCCUUGAAGGAAGAUUUAAGGUCUGCCAGGCGCGAGGUAGAGACCUUGAGGGAGAGAAUCCAGAACUUGGAAGACGAGGCCAUUGUUCUCAAGGCAACGCUUGAAGAGGAACGGGGCUUUGAGAAUCAGCGGAAAAAUGGUGCUACUGAAGUUGAGAAGCAAUUACAAGCUUCUAUCCGCGAUAGGCAAUCUUUGCGUGAUCAGCUAACAGGAGCAGAAACAGAACUGAGCCAACUUCGAGCUACAAUUCCUGAUUUGAAAGCAGAUCGCGACGAAUUAAGGAGCCAGCUUAACCGUAUUCAUGGUCAGGUAGAUGAAACGUAUCGACUUGAUCAGGAGAAACUCGAGCUUCGGAAAGCAAAGCUGCGCCUUGAAAGUGAACUCAAACGCUUGAAGGAGGAAAAGGGACUCUUGGUUGAGGCGAAGACUGCGCUGAGAAAUGAGCUUGAUAAUGAAGUUGAGAGGGCUGCAUCUGAGGAGAAUCGGCUCUCAGCAGAGAUUGACCAGUUGCAAGACAAGCUUUUCAUUACUUCCGAGAAGCGAGAUCGCGAGCUGGCAUCUGCGAAACAUAAAGCAGACCGUCUAGAGAAGCGCGUUAAAGAUCUGGAAGCUAUUCUUGACCAACAACGGCCAACUGAACUCGACAUCGCCCCGAUAACGUCGGAUUCUUCCAUUAUCCGUCAUCAUCUAGACGAAUCCCGCAAGAAGGAAAGAGCAGCUCUUCAGCGGGAAGUGGAUCUCAAGUCGUCUAUUCGACAGCUCAAAGCUCGUAUUGGGGAUCUUGAGACUGAGAACCAUGAGCUGCAGACUCAGAAAUUCGAUCCAAUCACCUCGGGUGCGGGCACAUCACCGGCGUCAAAAUUCCUCGAAGAGAACCGCAAGCUCCGCAAUCAGCUGCUUGAAGCUCAUAAGAAGAUGAAGGAGUUACGGGUCAAGUCCCACGAUCUUCAAAGACAUGCGAUGAUGGGAGAAGAACGAAAAGAUCUUCAUGAGCUACUCAAAUCUGCAACCCUUGAGGCAGAAUCUCUCUCGGUCAAGUUGUCGGAACGCGAUGCCCGUGUCAAUGAACUCCGGAAUCAUCUCCAUCGAGUCCGCGAAGAGAGGACUCUGUCAAGAAAACAAGCCGACGCAGCGAAUAGCCAGCUACAGUCACUGCAAGACAAGUAUGAGAUUGUGCUGGAUGACAUGUCAUCUCAGGUGGCGAGAAAGGGACAGCAUGAGAAAGAGCUGAAAGGACUAAGCAAGGAAAUAUUGUGGCUUAGAGCCAGACUGUCAAGAGAGGAAAAAUUUAGGAAGGAUCUCGCUUGGAGUAAAGGAAUCAUGGAGCUUGGGGAACGGGUUAGGAUUGCUUGUAAUGAAAUGGACCUAAAGAUGAUUGCGGAAAUGGGAGUUGAACCCGGCCUCGCUGGGACAGAGUUUGAUGCGAGAAAGAAAUUUAGAAGCGUUGCUUUUGCAAUCAUGGCAACAUCCCGUAUGCAAAAGAUGGCAUCCGAAUGGAGAAAAUCGCGGAAAAUUCGCGAAGGUUUACGGAAAGCAAAGAGUGAGCUGGUAAGACGAAGAGAACUCGCCAGGAAUGCCUCUGUACCCGGGCUGUUGGGUUGA